GACCACCAUCUGGACAAAAGUUUCUCAAGUGUAUCUUACGUGAAUGACUGACUGAUGGACUGAUUGGGCAUAACUAACAAAUAUCCAUUUCCUUUCCCCCUGUCUCCACUUACCCUUUGGCUUUGGUGGACUUAUCUUUCAAUUGACUCGUUCGGAUUUGCAAACACCAAUUCAUCCCGCCCACUUGCCGACCCACUGGCCAUAUCUUUCCAGAAAUCUCGGCCUGCUUUUAUAUACUACAACAUUUCUGCCCCGUGGCGGUUUUUCUUCUCCCCCACCUCCCCCCCAAACACACGCAUCCUCUCUCCCUCCCCGUCUCCCUGUGGCGGAGUUCCUCUCUAUUUCCCAUUCUUCACUUCAUCCUUCUCGAGAGAAGGCGAGACAUUGCACUGACAGGUACAACGACCGUCUUCUUUUAUUUUACACUUUUCUUUCACACAAUUAAAGUUCUCAUCUUCUCUGCCCGUCUCUCCAUCUAUCACCCACCACUCGCCAUUUUCCGAUUCUCGGCGGUGGUGAGACCUCGAACAAAUUCUAGGCACCGUGUACCUUGAAAAGAAGUCAUAUAUAGCCGCAAUCAAUCCUUGUAUAUCAACAUGUCGGACGUCAAGGCGCCUUUCACACCCAACUAUGCGUCGUACAACUGGACCGGAGCUCCAUCUAACUAUGACUCGCUGGCGACUAAUGAACUGGGUGGCAACUCCAGGGUGGAAAAUGUGAACAAGUGGUUUCAAUCCGGUGAUCAAGCGUACAUUAUCGUGGCCUCCGCCAUGGUCAUGGUCAUGAUUCCCGGCCUCGGCUUUCUUUACUCUGGUCUCGCGCGUCGUAAAUCGGCACUGAGCAUGAUUUGGGCCUGCAUGGCUUCUUUUUCGGUUGUCACAUUUCAAUGGUACUUUUGGGGAUAUUCACUUGCGUUCUCGCCCACGGCCACCAACGGAUACAUCGGUAACCUGCGCAACUUCGGCUUGAUGAAGACAUUGGCCGACCCAAGUCCUGGCUCUCCUCUAGUGCCUAAUCUUCUCUAUGCGUUCUAUCAGAUGCAAUUCUGUGGUGUCACCGCCGCGAUCAUCAUGGGGGCUGUUGCCGAGCGUGGACGUUUGCUCCCAGCCAUGGUCUUUGUGUUCGUCUGGGCCACAAUUGUUUACUGCCCUCUAGCCUGCUGGGUGUGGAAUGUAAAUGGUUGGGCAAUGAACUACGGCGUAUUGGACUAUGCCGGUGGUGGUCCGGUCGAGAUUGGAUCCGGUUUCUCCGCACUCGCCUAUUCGAUGGUUCUUGGCCGUCGCCAAGAGCGAAUGAUGUUAAACUUCCGCCCUCAUAACGUGUCCCUUAUCCUCCUUGGAACAGUUUUCCUAUGGUUUGGAUGGCUUGGAUUCAAUGGUGGUUCGGCCUUUGGAGCUAACCUUCGUGCCACUAUGGCGUGCUGGAACACCAACCUGACUGCAGCUUUUGCGGCAAUUAGCUGGGUCCUCCUUGACUGGCGUUUGGCGAGAAAGUGGUCUAUGGUUGGCUGGUGCUCUGGCACCAUCUCAGGUCUAGUUGCGGCUACCCCGGCAUCGGGCUUCAUAACCCCAUGGGCUAGUGUGAUUUUGGGCGUAGUUACUGGUAUUGUUUGCAACUAUUCCACUAAGGUGAAAUACUGGAUCCGUAUUGAUGACUCUAUGGAUGUGUUGGCUGAACACGGUAUCGCGGGUAUUGUCGGACUCAUUUUCAACGCACUUUUCGCCGACGAUGCGAUUGUCGGCCUGGAUGGAGUCAACACCGGGAGCGGAAUGGGAGGAUGGCUGAUCCACAACUACAAGCAACUCUACAUCCAAGUCGCCUUCAUUGUCGCCUCUUCUGCCUACGCUUUUGUUGUGUCCGCCAUUAUUGCCUAUGCCAUUAACGCAGUCCCCGGCUUGAAGCUGCGCGCUUCUGAGGAAGCUGAAUUGCUCGGUAUGGAUGACGACCAGCUUGGCGAAUUUGCCUACGACUAUGUUGAAGUCCGUCGUGACUACCUUGCGUGGACCCCUCAAAAACAUGACCAACUUGAAGACGGCCACCAUAUCCCCGCCGCUGCACGGUACGGCAUCGGUGAACACAGUGAAAUGAUGCUGGAUGGCCAUGCACCCAUUGGCAUCGACAGCCGUGGUUGCAGCGAAGGUGACUCUGGCAUCCAGGAAAUCAAGGUCGCCCCCGCGCCAGUCGCCGAACAACAUCCACCUCACGAGGGGCCAAUAACGCAUAGUGUCGAGGAAAAUGAGAAGACUCAAUAAUCGACCGGGGUCCUGAAUCAGUUCUAUUCUAUGAUUUUGUGUUAUCCAUGAUAUCCACCGUGCCUUUGUUUGUUUGUUUUGUUUUGGCUGAGCCAAAAUAAUCUCCAUUGUACCUGAUAUUUGUGUCUGGGAUUGGUAUGGAACAGGCGUUUGGGAUUGGUAUGAGCGUUAAUUCUGUAUAUAAUUAGAAGUUAUGAUGGAGGGAUCCUAUCGUUCUAGAUACCACGUGCAUAGAUUUGUAUGUUGAUUGAUCAAUCAAAUUACAUAUUGAAUUGAUGAAGCGAACUUGCUUCUGCGGCUCUUAAUUUCUUAACCCUAACCCUUAUCAUGCAUAAAGUGUUUACUCAGUUACUGUAGCACGACAUUUGAUCUGGAAGGAUUAGAAACCAUACGAGGAAAAUGCUUAGAAGAUAUUUGCAGUAUCUAGUGACGUCUGACA